AGCCCAGGCGCCGGCCUCGCGGCCCCGCCUCCCGGAGGACGCCCGGGCGCGCGGCCGCCGGAGCCGCGGUUUAAUUGGGGCUGUCAGGCCGCGGCACGCGCGGAGGGCCGGCCGGGCGGGACUGAGGCCGGAGGCUGGGAGGCCGGGGCGGCGGGCGCGCGGCUCGGCGGGAGGCGGGCGCCCGGAGACGCGGCUGGGGCCAGCGCGGCCGGGGCGCCGUCCCUGGGCUGGGUUGCCCGGCCCCCGGCCCCGGCCCCGGGCUCCCCAUGAAAAACCAGCUCCGCGGGCCCCCAGUGCGGGCGCACAUGUCGGCUUCGGGGGCCGCGGCGGCUGGGGGCACCCGGGCGGGGUCGGAGCCCGGUGCGGGAUCUGGGUCCGGCGCGGGCAUCGGGGCGGGAGCGACGACGGGAGCGGGGGCCAUGCCCUGCAAGAGCGCCGAGUGGCUGCAGGAGGAGCUGGAGGCGCGCGGUGGCGCGUCCCUUCUGCUGCUGGAUUGCCGGCCGCACGAGCUCUUCGAGUCCUCGCACAUCGAGACGGCCAUCAACCUGGCCAUCCCGGGUCUCAUGCUGCGCCGCCUGCGCAAGGGCAAUCUGCCCAUCCGCUCCAUCAUUCCCAACCAUGCUGACAAGGAGCGCUUCGCCACGCGCUGCAAGGCAGCCACCGUGCUGCUCUAUGACGAGGCCACGGCUGAGUGGCAGCCCGAGCCCGGCGCUCCCGCCUCGGUUCUCGGCCUGCUCCUGCAGAAGCUGCGGGACGACGGCUGCCAGGCCUACUACCUCCAAGGUGGUUUCAACAAGUUCCAGACGGAGUACUCAGAGCAUUGCGAGACUAACGUGGACAGCUCAUCCUCUCCGAGCGGCUCACCACCCACCUCUGUGCUGGGCCUGGGGGGCCUGCGCAUCAGUUCUGACUGCUCGGACGGCGAGUCAGACCGAGAGCUGCCCAGCAGUGCCACUGAGUCGGAUGGCAGCCCUGUGCCAUCCAGCCAGCCAGCCUUCCCAGUCCAGAUCCUGCCCUACCUCUACCUCGGCUGUGCCAAGGACUCUACCAACCUGGAUAUACUUGGCAAGUACGGCAUCAAAUAUAUCCUCAAUGUUACACCCAACUUGCCCAAUGCCUUUGAGCAUGGUGGCGAGUUCACCUACAAGCAGAUCCCCAUCUCUGACCACUGGAGCCAAAACCUCUCUCAGUUCUUCCCUGAGGCCAUCAGCUUCAUUGAUGAAGCCCGCUCCAAGAAGUGUGGUGUCUUGGUGCACUGCCUAGCAGGCAUCAGCCGUUCGGUGACAGUUACUGUAGCCUACCUGAUGCAAAAGAUGAACCUGUCCCUCAACGAUGCCUAUGACUUCGUUAAAAGGAAAAAGUCUAACAUCUCGCCCAACUUCAACUUCAUGGGUCAGCUGCUGGACUUUGAGCGGACGCUGGGGCUCAACAGCCCGUGCGACAACCAUGCACCCAGUGAACAGCUCUACUUCUCCACACCCACCAACCGCAACCUGUUCCCAAUCAACACACUCGAGUCCACGUGAGGCCUGAUGAACUGAUGGGCGCAGCACCAGGGUCUCCCAGCCUUCCACAGGGCCUGAUGUGGGGGGGGGGAAGGCCUAGCCUGCUGCUCCCCUGGCCUGAAGAACCCACAGAUGUCACCUGUGUCCAGAGAACCAGGCUGAGCUCCCGUGUUGUCCCGGGCAGGGCCCACAGCAAGGCCGCCUGUGGUAGCACAUGCCGGAGUAGCUUCAGCUUUCCAGACAUGGGCUGCUGAAGUGAGCAUGGGCCUCAACUUUCAGACUUGUGGCGUGGGGGCCAGUGGGGCUUUGUCUCUGCCCCAGGACAUCCAUUGCGCUGACGGCCCAGCCAUGUGACUGUUUUAAACACAUACCCACAGAUCUGAGUUUACUGCUUCUGUCAGGAAAACCCAAGCUCCCUGGAGCACAGAGUAUUCACGCUCUUCUUGGUUUUUCUUCCUUUCUUUCUUUUUUAACAAGAAGUGUUAUUUUUCGGGCUA